CCAUUUUUUUGUUUAUGCGAAAAAACCACGCAAGUAGAGCGAUUUGUUUGUUGCUAUUGUGCUGUUGUUGUCUGUGUCGUCGUUUCCAUGAUUAAUUAACCGGAAAAUGUUGCGCAUACGUCGACGCUUCGCUUUGGUGAUUUGCUCCGGCUUCCUGCUGAUUUUCCUCAGCCUGUACGUGAUCCUAAACUUUGCGGCGCCGGCAGCCAACCAGAAAAAGCCCAACUAUGUGGCCAUCGAGGACAAGCUGCAGCGGCUGGAAAAUGGCCUGCAGGAGCACGGCGAGGAGAUGAGGGACAUGCGGGCUCGACUGGCCAAAACCGCAGUUCGCGCGGAGCCCUUUAAGGCCCCACUCAAGGUGCCACUUUCUGCAGGACCAGGAGAGUGCCAGGAUGUGGUCCAGGAUGUGCCCAGUGUGGAGGUACAGAUGCUGGAGCUGUACGACCGCAUGUCCUUCAAGGACAUCGAUGGAGGCGUGUGGAAACAGGGCUGGAACAUCAAGUACGACCCACUGAAGUACAACGCCCACCACAAACUGAAAGUCUUCGUUGUGCCGCACUCGCACAACGAUCCCGGAUGGAUCCAGACCUUCGAAGACUACUACCAGCACGACACCAAGCACAUCUUGUCCAAUGCCCUCCGUCAUCUGCACGAGAACCCCGAGAUGAAGUUCAUCUGGGCGGAGACCUCGUACUUUGCCCGAUUUUACCACGAUCUGGGAGAAAACAAGAAGCUGCAGAUGAAAUCCAUUGUCAAGAGUGGGCAGCUGGAAUUUGUGACCGGUGGAUGGGUGAUGCCGGACGAGGCCAACUCUCACUGGCGGAACGUGCUGCUGCAGCUGACCGAAGGCCAGACCUGGUUGAAGCAGCACCUGAAUGUCACACCCACCGCUUCCUGGGCCAUCGAUCCCUUCGGGCACAGUCCCACCAUGCCGUACAUCUUGCAGAAGAGCGGCUUCAAGGAUCUGCUCAUCCAGCGGACGCACUACUCGGUGAAGAAGGAGCUGGCCCAACAGCGCCAGCUGGAGUUCCACUGGCGCCAGAUCUGGGACACCAAGGGAGACACGGCCCUCUUCACCCACAUGAUGCCCUUCUACUCGUACGAUAUUCCCCACACCUGUGGCCCAGAUCCCAAGGUGUGCUGCCAGUUUGAUUUUAAGCGCAUGGGUGCCUUUGGAUUAAGUUGUCCGUGGAAGGUGCCACCGCGGGCCAUUGUGGAUGGGAAUGUGGCAGCACGCUCGGAUCUGCUGGUGGAUCAGUGGAAGAAGAAGGCUGAGCUGUAUCGAUCGAACGUCUUGCUGAUUCCGUUGGGCGACGACUUCCGCUUCAAGCAGAACACCGAGUGGGAUGUGCAGCGGGUGAACUACGAGAAGCUCUUCGAGCACAUCAACAGCCAGGCGCACUUCAAUGUUCAGGCUCAGUUCGGAACCCUCCACGAGUAUUUCGAUGCAGUGCGCCAGGCGGAGAAGGCGGGACAGGCCGAGUUUCCCACGCUGAGCGGCGACUUUUUCACCUAUGCCGAUCGUUCGGAUAACUACUGGAGUGGCUAUUACACAUCGCGACCGUAUCACAAGCGCAUGGAUCGCGUCCUGAUGCACUACGUCCGCUCGGCGGAGAUGCUCUCCGCCUGGCACUCCUGGGACGGAAUGGCGGGCAUCGAGAAGCGCCUGGAGCUGGCACGCAGGGAGCUGUCGCUGUUCCAGCACCACGACGGCAUUACUGGCACGGCCAAGACGCAUGUUGUGCAGGACUACGAGCUACGCAUGCAGGAGGCCCUAAAGGCCUGCCAAAUGGUGAUGCAACAGUCGGUCUACCGCUUGUUAACCAAGCCAUCUAUCUACAGCCCGGACUUCAGCUUUUCCUACUUCACGCUGGACGAUUCGCGCUGGCCGGGAUCAGGUGUAGAGGACAGUCGCACAACCAUUAUUUUGGGCGAGGAUGUACUGCCCAGCAAGCACGUGGUGAUGCACAAUACCCUGCCCCACUGGCGGGAGCAGCUGGUGGACUUCUAUGUGUCCAGUCCAUUCGUGAGUGUCAGCGACUUAGCCAACAACCCGGUGGAGGCUCAGGUGUCUCCUGUGUGGAGCUGGCACCACGACACGCUCACCAAGACCAUCCACCCACAAGGCUCCACCACUAAGUAUCGCAUCAUCUUCAAGGCACGCGUACCGCCCAUGGGACUGGCCACCUACGUUCUGACCAUCUUGGAGUCGAAACCAGAACACACCUCGUACGCCUCGAAUCUCUUGCUCCGAUCAAACCCGGCUUCCGUGCCAUUGGGCCAAUAUCCGGAGGAUGUGAAGUUUGGUGAACCCCGGGAGAUCUCAUUGCGGGUGGGCAAUGGCCCCACAUUGGCAUUUUCGGAGCAGGGUCUGCUCAAGUCCAUCCAACUCACUCAGGACAGUCCGCACGUGCCGGUGCACUUGAAGUUCCUCAAGUAUGGCACUCGGACUCAUGGAGAUCGAUCCGGAGCCUAUCUGUUCUUGCCCAACGGACCCGCCUCGCCUUUCCAUCUCAACCACCCGGUCGUCCUGGUAACCAAGGGCAAACUGGAGUCGUCUGUGAGCGUGGGUCUGCCGAGUGUGGUGCACCAGACGAUUAUGCGUGGCGGAGCUCCCGAGAUUCGCAACCUGGUGGACAUCGGCCUGUUGGAUAACACGGAGAUCGUGAUGCGCUUGGAGACGCACAUCGACAGUGGCGACAUCUUCUACACGGAUGUCAACGGGCUGCAGUUCAUGAAGCGGAGGCGUUUGGAAAAGAUACCCUUGCAGGCCAACUACUAUCCGGUGCCCUCUGGCAUGUUCAUCGAGGACGCCAAUAUGAGACUAACUCUCCUCACGGGUCAGCCUCUGGGUGGAUCGUCCCUGUCCUCGGGUGAGCUUGAGAUCAUGCAGGAUCGACGCCUGGCCAGCGACGAUGAACGUGGCCUGGGACAAGGGGUCUUGGACAACAGGCCGGUGCUGCACAUCUAUCGCCUGGUGCUAGAGAAGAUUAACAGCUGUGCGCGACCAUCGGAGGUGCAUCCGGCUGGUUACUUGACCAGUGCCGCACACAAGGCCUCACAAUCCCUGCUAGAUCCGCUGGACAAGUUCAUAUUCGCCGAAAAUGAUUGGAUCGGGGCACAGGGUCAGUUUGGCGGCGAACAUGCCUCAGCUCGUGAGGAUCUGGAUGUGCCCGUGAUGCGACGCUUGACCAAAAGCUCGGCCAAGACGCAGCGUGUGGGCUUCGUCGUGCAUCGCACCAAUCUGAUGCAGUGCGGCGCUGCAGAGGAGCACGCAAAGAAGCUGGAUGUGUGCCACUUACUUCCUAAUACGGCGAGGUGCGAGCGAACUACGCUCACUUUCCUGCAGAAUCUGGAGCAGUUUGAGUCCAUGGUGGCGCCGGAGGUGUGCCCUAUGGAAACGGUCGCCUAUGUGAGCAGCCACACAAGCUGAUCGCCACGUUUCCUCCAAAAGGAUCUUACUAAGGCCGAAGAGCGAUGACAGAAGAACAACACAUGAAUCUCGGACACUGACUUACUGCAAUACAGGCAAUCUUUGUUUAAUGUCUAACCAAAAGCACUAACUGCACCGCAAGACAAUGCGUAGUCCAUACUACGUAUCAUUUAUUUAUUCAAGCUUCCACACGAGGGUUUGGAAAUUCGAUCCUAUGACGCAGCGGUGUAUUUCUGCACCCCUUGUAUCAAAACAUUUUACUUUGUUUCCCCUAGGUUUUUACGUUUUUGUGAUAUCCCGAUCCCACAGCAAGCAAUACAUACAUGUCUGUCUUCAAUAUCCCGCCCGGGAUAUUUCCAAAAAACAAUGAAUCUUAACUAUAACUAACGUUUAACUGUAAUGUAGGCUUAGUGAUAAUGAUGAAACUGCAAAGGCAAUGAUAUUAAUCUCGACGUUUGUUUUGUAACGAAUUGAAUAAAUUGAGUCUCAUUUUUAAA